CUGUAGAAUUCAGUGGGAAAUCAAGCGGGACCCGAGCAGCGGUGCAGUUUGGGGUCUCCGCGUUUUACACCCCGAAAUUGUACAGAACAAGCUCAAAUGGGUUGCAGUAAUUUUCAGGCUUUGUUUAUUCUGUAGUUCUCCCUCUCCCCAACAGAUGUCUCCGUGAGGGUCAGACUCUGCACAUGUUGGAUCUCAUCACACAGAUGUUGUCUAUGGGAGGCUCUGGUUGGCUCUUCAGCAGCAGGGGGGGCUUCAUAUCCCGAAUCGGGCUCUUUACUCUGCCAGAAUCAUGUAGGCUGCUUUCGGACAGGUGCCCUCCUCAUCCUCACACUGAUCUCAGACCGCAUGAGGAGCAGGGAUGGCCGGGGGACGCAGAGGACUGGUGGCCCCGCAGAAUACUUUCCUGGAGAAUAUAGUCCGCCGCUCCAACGCUUCAUGUAUGGGGAACUCACUGACAAAGAAACCUGCGAUAAAGUCCGCCAGACCUUUGAGAACUAUGAGAUGAACUCCUUUGAAAUACUUAUGUACAAGAAGAACCGGAUGCCAGUGUGGUUCUUCAUCAAAAUUGCUCCCAUCCGAAACGAACAGGACAAAGUUGUACUCUUCCUCUGCACCUUCAGUGAUAUCACUGCGUUCAAGCAGCCUAUUGAAGAUGACUCCUCUAAAGGUUGGGGAAAGUUUGCUCGCCUGACGCGGGCGUUGACCAGCAGUCGUGGUGUUUUACAGCAGCUGGCACCCACUGUCCACAAGGGCGAGAACGUCCACAAGCACUCCCGUCUGGCUGAGGUACUGCAGCUUGGCUCGGACAUCCUCCCGCAGUACAAGCAAGAGGCUCCGAAAACCCCUCCGCACAUCAUCCUGCACUACUGCACCUUCAAGACCACCUGGGACUGGGUGAUCCUCAUCCUCACCUUCUACACGGCCAUCAUGGUCCCCUACAACGUGUCCUUCAAGACCAAGCAAAACAACGUCACGUGGCUGGUCGUAGACAGCAUUGUGGAUGUGAUAUUCCUGGUGGACAUCGUGCUCAACUUCCACACCACCUUUGUUGGACCCGCUGGGGAGGUGAUCUCAGACCCAAAACUUAUACGCAUGAACUACGUGAAGACCUGGUUCGUCAUCGACCUCCUCUCUUGUCUUCCUUACGACGUCAUUAAUGCCUUCGAGAAUGUUGACGAGGGGAUCAGCAGCCUGUUCAGUUCUCUGAAGGUGGUGCGUUUGUUGCGGCUCGGGCGAGUGGCCCGUAAGCUGGACCACUACAUCGAGUACGGUGCAGCGGUGCUGGUGUUGCUGGUGUGUGUGUUCGGCCUGGCCGCCCACUGGUUGGCCUGCAUCUGGUACAGCAUUGGGGACUACGAGGUCAUUGAUGAAGAAUCCAACUUGGUCCGUACGGACAGCUGGCUGUAUCUCCUGGGAGAAUCUGUCGGAUCACCAUAUCGCUUCAACGCCAGUGGCAUGGGGAAGUGGGAAGGGGGUCCCAGCAAAGACUCGGUCUACAUCACAUCAUUGUAUUUCACCAUGACCAGCCUGACCAGUAUUGGCUUUGGAAACAUCGCCCCCACCACAGAUGGAGAGAAGAUCUUCGCCGUGGCCAUGAUGAUGAUUGGCUCUCUCCUCUACGCCACCAUCUUUGGGAAUGUAACCACCAUCUUCCAGCAAAUGUAUGCCAACACCAACCGCUACCACGAGAUGUUGAACAGCGUGAGAGACUUCCUGAAGCUCUACCAGGUUCCUAAGGGCCUCAGUGAGAGGGUCAUGGACUAUAUAGUCUCCACAUGGUCCAUGUCCAGAGGAAUUGACACUGAUAAGGUGUUGCAGAUUUGCCCCAAAGACAUGCGAGCAGACAUCUGCGUUCAUCUCAACCGGAAGGUGUUCAAAGAACACCCGGCUUUCCGUCUGGCCAGCGACGGCUGUCUGCGAGCCCUAGCCAUGGAGUUUCAGACCAUCCACUGCGCCCCGGGAGACCUCAUCUACCACGCCGGCGAAAGUGUCGACAGCCUCUGCUUUGUGGUGUCAGGGUCUCUGGAGGUCAUCCAGGAUGAUGAAGUCGUUGCUAUUUUGGGAAAGGGAGACGUGUUCGGGGAUGUGUUCUGGAAAGAGGUGAAUUUAGCUCAGGCUUGUGCCAACGUUCGUGCACUGACCUACUGCGAUCUUCACAUCAUCAAGCGGGAUGCCUUACAGAAGGUUCUGGAAUUCUACUCAGCCUUCGCCGGCCACUUCUCACGCAAUCUGGUGUUAACCUACAACCUGAGGAAAAGAAUCGUUUUCCGUAAAAUAAGUGACGUCAAACAGGAGGAAGAGGAGAUGCUGCGGAGGAAGAAUGAAGCCCCUCUGAAUCUACCUCCAGAUCAUCCUGUGCGCCGUCUCUUCCAGCGGUUCCGCCAGCAGAGAGAGGCCCGUCUGGCGGCGGAGCAAGCAAGUCAGGGAGAACCGGAUCUCGAGAAAGGCAGAGCGGAGACAAUGGUGCUCGAGAUCAAGUCACCAACCAGCGUCAUCACGGUCACUGAAAGUCCAGCCACUCCGGUUACGUCUUCCCCCGCCUCAUCAUCCUCGUCAUGUCGAGCAAAAGUUUACGCUCCCGUGGCCUCCAAUGGAAACUAUACAAGAAAUAAGUCCGCAGAACCACCCAAAAGCAAAGGCUGGGGUCGGUUUAAAGAAGCCACUGCCAAGUCUGAUCUCGCCUGGUGUCCCGUGUCCAAAGCCGAGUCCAUGGAGAUGCUACCAGACAGGACUAAGUCUCAAAAUGAACUGCCCCUCAAGAAGACGGACUCGUGCGAUAGCGGCAUCACCAAGAGUGACCUGCGACUCGACAAUAUGGGUGACGGUAGUGCUCAAACCCCUCAGGAACGGAGCCCCAUUCAGCCUGAGGGGAAACGGGCAUUCCACUCCAUUCCCGAACAAAGUCUUCAGGCCUGUUUUACGGAGCUGAAGCAGGAGCUGCGAGGAGACAUCAGCUCCCUCAGCCGCAGAAUGAGCGCACUCGAAGCACAGCUCGCAGAGAUGCUCCGACUUCUCAAAGACAGAAAGACCUCAGGAACUUUGAACUUGUUUGACAUAUCAAGGCCGGACUCUCCAGAUUCAGAAAAGGAUGAUAUGUUCUCCUAAUGUGUUUCAUGUCUGAAGACGGUUUGAUCCUGUUCUAGUCAAAGCCGAACUGACCUCAAUUAGUAUUUUACUUUAAAGGUGAAGUAUGUAAGAUUUGUUAUGUUAAAAUACAUUCUCUUAGUCUUAACCCAGUUUAUGGACUGCUAUUAGAAUGCCAUUCAUGGGUUUCCAAAAAGUGUAAACAUUUAAAGGG